AUGAGCAUCCCUUCCCUAAAACAUGUUUCUGCAUGUUUCAUCAAACCACAUCCCCCAAUCCAAGACUCAAACCAAAUAUGGUAUUUAUCACCUUGGGACAUUCGCAUGUUAUCUGUAAACUAUAUCCAAAAGGGUCUUCUCUUCAAAAAACCAACAACAUCACAAAACCUACAACAUUUCAUCAACAAGCUCAAACACUCUCUUUCUCUAACACUUUCCCAUUUCUAUCCUCUCUCAGGUCGUCUUGUUACGCAUAAAACUCUAGUUCCUCCUACUUACACUGUUUUUGUCGAUUGCAAAAACAGUCCUGGAGCUAAAUUUAUCCAUGUCACGUUAGAUAUAACCAUAAAUGAUAUCCUCACCCCCAUUGAUGUCCCACCCAUUGUUCAUUCGUUCUUUGACCACCACAAAGCCGUCAACCAUGAUGGUCACACCAUGUCUUUGUUGUCUAUCCAAGUCACUGAAUUAUUGGACGGUGUUUUCAUAGCUUGUUCCGUGAACCACUCUCUUGGUGAUGGAACUGCUUAUUGGAAUUUCUUUAACGCACUUUCUGAAACAUUUCAAAAUGUCAAUAAUACUAAUCCUCUUUCAAUUUCAUACCAACCCAUCCACAAUAGAUGGUCUCCAGAAGGUUAUGGUCCAAUUAUCAACCUUCCUUUCAAACAUCACGACGAGUUUAUUCACACAUAUGAAGCACCCAUUUUGAAAGAGAGAUUCUUCCAUUUUUCAGCAGAGUCUAUAGCAAAGCUUAAAGCAAAGGCAAACAAAGAGUUUAAGACAACGAAAAUCUCUUCUUUCCAAUCACUAUCAGCACUAGUUUGGAGAUCUAUAACUCGCGCUCGACAACUACAACAUGACCAGACAACAACAUGCAAAUUGGCUAUAAACAACCGAACGAGAAUGGAACCGCCACUUCCUAAGGAAUAUUUCGGGAAUUCAAUUCAUACAUUGAGUACUGAAACAACUGUAAGGGAAUUGUUGGAAAAUAAUAUAGGAUGGGCAGCUUGGAAGAUUCAUGUGGCUGUUGCAAAUCAUGAUAACAAAGUGGUGCGGGGAUCUGUAGAAGAGUGGUUACAUUCUCCUUAUGUGUAUCGAAUGGAUCUGUUCUUUGAUCCAAAUACUGUUAUGAUGGGUAGUUCACCGAGGUUUAAUAUGUAUGGGAAUGAAUUUGGAAUGGGAAAAGCAUUGGCAGUUAGAAGUGGUUAUGGAAACAAAUUUGAUGGAAAAAUAACAUCGUAUCCAGGACGAGAAGGAGGGGGGAGCAUAGAUCUUGAAGUGUGUCUUUCACCGGACAAAAUGAUGGCCCUGGAAUCAGAUGAAGAGUUCAUGAAUUCAGUUUCAGUGUGA